CCACUAGAGAAAGAACGUUCAUCCUACCUAGCUGUACUAGACAGACACAAGGAAGGAGAAAACAAAACAAGGACAAUGCUGGGUGAACAGGCAUUCCUUCUUUCUCUUCUGGCAUGUCUCCUGAUUCUGUACCUUCUGAAACGGCUCUUGUCUUGCAGAAGUGGGAAAACAGCCAUGGAACAAAAUUUGCCUCCAGGGCCUCCUCGGCUUCCACUCAUUGGAAGCAUUUGGGUAUUAGCACCGGCGAUUUCUCUAGAGCGUCCUGUUAAGCUGAGAACGCGAUAUGGAAACAUGUACACUCUGUGGCUGGGAUCUAAACUUGUUAUUGUACUCUCUGGAUUUGAAGCGGUGAAGGAAGCGCUGAUAAACCACUCAGAAGACUUUGUUGACCGACCCAUGACCCCUUUCACUCAAACUUUAGUAAAAGAAUGGGGUAUUGGAUUUACCAAUGGCCAUACCUGGAAGGAACAGAGGAAAUUUUGUGUAGUUACUAUGCGGAAGCUGGGACUGGGGAAGAGAGGCAUGGAGCACCAAAUAGAAGAGGAGGCCCAUCAGCUAGCUGAAACUUUUGCAAGGGCAAAAGGGCAGCCGUUUGACCCUUCAUUAUCCAUCUCUAAUUCCAUCUGCAAUACGAUCUGUGCUGUGGCUUUUGGACACAGGAUUUCUCUUGAAGAUGAAGAAUUCCCCAAGUUGAUGGGAGCCAUUGACUAUUUCUCCAAAUUUUUAGGCUCCUUUUCUCAUGGUCUGUAUGAAGUCUUCCCAUGGAUCAUGAAACAUCUCCCAGGGCCUCACCAGAAAGCGCUUGCACGUGCAAAAUUUGUGCAAACAUUUGCAAAGAAGGAAAUAGAAAAGCAUAAGGAGCAUGAGGCUGUCCAUGAUCCACAAGAUUUCAUCGAUUUCUAUCUAUUGCAUAUGGAGAAAAGAAAGAAUGACCCCGACUCUACAUACAAUGAGGAGAACCUGGUUCAGUGUAUUUUUGAUCUUUUCGUGGCAGGGACAGAAACGACAUCCUUGACUUUGCGGUGGGCUUUGAUCCUCAUGGCAAAUCACCCAGACAUCCAGCAGAAAGUCCACAAGGAGAUCAAAGAUGUUUUGGGUUCCUCUCAGUCAUUCAGCUAUCAAGAUCGAAAAAGAUUGCCUUACACCAAUGCUGUGAUUCACGAGAUCCAGCGGUACCAAUUUAUUGUAUUUGCUGGGAUCCCCAGACGAUGUGUAAAGGAUGUGAACAUGUUUGGUUUUCUUAUUCCCAAGGGGGCCAUUCUUAUGCCAGACCUCCGCUCUGUUCUUUUUGAUCCCAAGCAAUGGGAGAAACCUCGGGAGUUCAACCCAAAUCAUUUUUUGGAUGAGAAUGGAAGUUUUUUGGAAAGAGAAGCAUUUCUCCUAUUUGGUGCAGGAGCCCGUGUGUGCCCUGGAGAACAGCUGGCGAAGAUUGAGGUCUUCAUCAUCUUCACCAGCCUGCUGAGGGCAUUCAGUUUUCAGUUUCCAGAAGGCAUGAAAAAACUCAGCGAAAAACCUAUAAUAGGGGCAGGAGUGGUUCCUAAACCUUUUAAGCUCUGUGCUGUUCCCCACUGUACAAAUUAGAGUGGCACAUUUGUGUCUACCAUUUGUCCGGCAUUCCUGUAAUUAUUUUCUCCUCGGCUUCUUGAUCAGAGAUUGAUGGGUUCCUAAAUCAGUUAUUAUUAUUUGAAAAAUAUUUAGUGGUGUGCACCGAAAAAAAUGUCCACUUCCAUUUCAGAUCCAGGGUUUGCAAACAAAUUAUAUCCCAUUAUUAUUUUUUCCUGAUGGGGCAUUGCUGGCUCUGAUUUAAUCCAUUUGGUUUCUAUCAUUAUAAUGAAUUUUGGCCCCGUCCUUUACAAUGAGGGCUUCCAGGCUCUUUGAGGCAGCUGUUUUUAUUCUUGACAGCACCAAAACCACACAAAACACAAUCCUCUUUCUAAGCCAUCACUCUGAGUUUUCCCUCAGUCACACUACACACACAACAAUGGAUCCUGAAUAAGGGGAAUGUGGACGGUUGUACACCAUAGCACAAAACUGACUGUGAAAGGGGUAAUGGGGCAGUGGCAGCAUUAAAAACAAUCCUGCGUUAUGUUCACUUUUACUUUUCUGUAGUGCUA